AUAGAACGGGCAAAGGAGCCGUUUCAUAAACAAACGUCGAUUGGUACUACUACUUCUACUACUGGUAACUGAUAUGACAUGGCAUGACGUCCAAUUGGUUUUGGGGCGUUCGCUGAUAAACGAGUUAACGCUAGAUCCACGAAGAUACAAUGGAAUGCAAUAAUGACAAUGAUGAUGUUCAUUGGAGAGUGAUUAUCAUUACAUGCACAUCAACAAAAGUUAGAGAGGCACUUGAGCAAGAAUGUAAACGGCUGUCUGCAGGUGGACUGUUGCCAAAACAUGAAUUCAUGUAUGUAGUUAAUGAUCCUAGACUUGAAGAUGAAUGCAGUCUUACGUACACAGGAGAGACUGAUGGAGUUGGAAGUGGAGGAGCAACAAUCAAUGCUAUCCUUGUAGCAAUUGAAAGACUUUCAGCAAAUCAUAAUCAUACAACAGUAAACAGUGAGCUUGUGUACAACAGUCGAAUUCUUGUUGUUCAUCAUGGCCGUACACUUGUGCAUUCACCUGGUGGAUCAGCCUUUAUCCACAUUGACGCUUCUCAGUCAUACAUUCCACCAAAAUUACGGAUAGCCCCACCAACACUGCUACAAAACUCCAUAUGGAUGGCAACAAUGGUGGCAGCCCAAAGUGAUUGUGGGGUCUGGGUAGUGUCAGUUGACUCCCAUCUCACCUACUCUCCAACUCUUAAGUCACCAAAAACAUCUGGUCUAAAUGGGGCAUUAAUCUGCAGUGUCAGUUCACAUGUAGAACAUGCGCAACAUCAUGGUGUAGUGUUUUCACAUACAGAUACCGUCGAAAAAAUUCAAUACAGGACACCAUAUGAACAGUUAAAGGAAACUUUUCCAACUAAUUAUGCUCCAGUCAUAUCAGGAUUAGUCUUUCUGAGUGCUUCCUUGACGGAACGACUGCUUGGACUACACAUGCUGACUCCAUUAGAUCGCUGUACAUACUAUGGUACAGACAGUGGCAUUCCUCCACUACAGAUGUCGUUGUACUUUGAUCUUCUAGCUCCUUUAUGCUCUGGAGUAGAAGAAAAUGCAUAUUUGAGUGGUUUUUAUGGAGCUGGCUAUGCUAAGAGUGCCCAUUUUAAUGCUCACACUCAACAGGAGUCACGAAUGGCAAGGCUGCAGAUUUGGAAGCUUCUUCAUGGACUGAAAGCCCAUCAUCACUCUCUUGAUGGUGUUGUUCAUCACUACAUUAGCUCAGACUUAUCAUUUGAGAAAUCCAUACGGUCCCUCUUCCCUGCAAAGGAGGGUGGAUCAUUAACUUCAGGAUUAUAUAUAGAGGGUACAAUUAACACUAAAGAAGUAAGGAUUGCAGAUUCCUGGAUCGGGAAAGACUUGACUGUAAAUUGUAGCACUGCAUGUUCCCUUUCUGGAUUUCACCUUCCCCAUGAGAAUGGAACAUUAGACUUUUCAGAUGAGUUUAUUUGGCAGUGCUAUCCUCAGAAUGAAAAUUCUGUUGUAGUCUGUUAUGGGGAGAAUGACAUACUCACUAGACAUUAUGGAGAAACUGAUGUAACAGUAUUCAACAAAGUCUUCAGUUUGUUUGCUGAAAGGACCCAUAUUAGAGUAACUGAUAUCUGGCCAAACACAGAAAAGCAACAUUGUACAAUGUUAAAUGCAAAAUUGUAUUGUUCAGAUCUUUCUCUAAAAGAACAAGUAGCAAUGCUUACAUAUAUGAAAGAUGCUAUCACUGAUGAUAAGAGUCAACAGUACUGGUUAUCGAAGAUUGAAGAAUGGAGAAGCAUGGCACGUGUCUCAUUAUAUGAAGCUACAAAAACAUGCAACAUCUUCAAAUUAAUGACAAAUCGGGAGAUGGUGCACCUUGCAACCGUCAAACAAUUCAUCCAUGCAACCUCUGAUCAAGUUGGAGGAAAAUCAUUGCUUCCAUUAUUUCAGUAUGUUGCUUCAAGAGACCACAAAUAUGUAACAGAAGUUAUAAAUGCUAUACAUGGAGAGCUACGAGUUCCUCGUGCUUCAACAGCUCGCCUUCUGGCAAAUGCAGCUGACCUUUUAGGCUGUAUGGCAGCUGGGAAAGGAGGCUUACGUAGUGGACCAGCAGGUAAUCCACAAUGGAAAAAUCCCCUUGUGAAGUUAAAGGCUGGGAAUCAGAGAGAAGCAGUAGACCAGAUGAUCAGCAUAUGUCAAGACUGGAUUUCAUUAGAUCAUCCUGACUAUCUCAUCAGAGCUGCAAGGCACCUGGAACGAGCAUCCCAGAUAGUUAUCAGUCGUGAAGUAGAAACGGCACAGAAGAAUGUGAAGAUUCCUUGGGAAUUGUCGGAAUUAAAACAGAAAAUGGAAAUAGGAGAAUGGGUGGAAGCUCAUUGCCCUGCAAGACUUGAUCUUGCUGGUGGGUGGAGUGAUACUCCCCCAGUCUGCUAUGAACAAGGCGGAGCUGUGUUAAAUGUUGCAGUCAAGGUUAAUGGACAGAAACCAAUGGGUGCUCGAAUGAGAUUUGUACCAGAGUUUCACAUAAUAUGUACACUUCAGGAUUGGUCUGGUGGGGACUUAGUUUUAACAUGGACUGAACUUGAACAACUUUGUGACUAUGACAAUCCAGUUGCUCAGGGAGCUCUGGUAAAAGCUGUUUUGGUUUACUGCCAUGUUUUAGAUUUAUCAAGUGACGAUUCCUUGGCUUCUCAGUUAGAGAAAAGGUAUGGUGGAGGCAUUGAAAUUGUAGUUUGGUCCAGGUUACCAAAAGGCUCAGGUUUAGGAGGGAGCAGUUUACUGGCUGGAACCCUCGUUGCCACAAUAGCAGUCUUAAUAGGACAUCCACCACCCCAACACAAUUCCAUCAUUCAUGCUACUCUUGUAAUAGAACAGUGGUUGACUACGGGAGGAGGCUGGCAGGACCAGGUUGGGGGUCUGGUUGGUGGGGCAAAACUAGGAGUGAGCCACAAGGGAACACCCUUAACUGUCACCACCUAUAAGCUUCCCAUUUCUCAAGAGUUCAUAUCCACUUUGAAUAGUCACUUGUUACUCCUAUACACUGGCAAGGUCCGUUUAGCAAGGAACCUUCUGCAAACAGUAAUACGGAAUUGGUACGCACGAGACAAGAUUGUCACUGAAUGUUUUUCAAGACUUCCAAAGGUUGCACUCAAGGCUUCAGAAGCCAUGUUGAGUGGCAGUAUAAUGGAUCUGGGGUCAUGUAUUGAUGAAUAUUGGAAUUUAAAGAAGAAAGUCGCUCCUGGUUGUGAGCCAGAAAAGGUUUCAGACCUGAUGUCGUGUUUGCGGGAACACUGCUUUGGAAUGUCUCUUGCUGGAGCUGGAGGUGGUGGUUAUUUAUAUGCCUUGAAGGGAAAACCAGAUCACUUGCCGAGUCAUAUUGACCUUGGAGACCUAUCAUGCGACCUUGUUGAGAUAGAUGAGCAGGGUAUUGAGAUGAUAAGGAAUGGAGAUAAAUUAACUCAUGAUAUGGGUGAUGCAAUUAUUUUGUCAAAUGAAGCCUUGGCAGAGUUACUGCAACUUAUGCAGUAGGGAAAUAAAGAUUGUAAUGUGCAAAAAAUAGUAUAAUUAGUUUUAGGGUGUGAUGGGCGGGGAGCAGUAAAUCAUAACCUGACAUUGAUUUUUCACCACAAAGUAUCACUGAUUUGCAAUGGAAAAUUAAAUAAUCUUCAGCACUACUUCCUACUGUACCCUUAUCUUGGCAACUAAUUCUGUGGGUGAUGCUGUUCCUUUAUGCUAUGGUCCUAGUCUAUGCAACAGGUCAACCAUGAUAUUCUUUCUGUACUUCCAUUAAAGCCACUGUGUGGCUAGCCUCAGGUCAACGGUGGAAUAAUAAUCUUUCUGUCCAAAAGACAUGACAAAUGCCAUAGAUAUCCUGCACAAUUAAAAAGAAGAUUGAAAUGUGGUUUCCCAUUUUAAAAUAUACUUGUAUUGGACCACUUUCUGAAAUUUGUACAUCUUAUUUUUUUUUAUAUGUAAAAGGCACGUUUCCAGUUGAAUACAAUUUGUGGAACUUACUGCCUUUUCCAAAACAUUCUUUUGGUAAUUACAUGUAUUAUUAUUAUUCUUAUUGUAUUACAAUAUCAUUCGAAAUAAAAACAUUAUAUCGAAAGGUUUGAGAGUCAUUCAGAGGUCUUUUAUAUUUUUAUAGAUUCAUAAAUGUUAAGGUCACUGCUAAUGGUUGGAAGAAAGAUAACUCUGUGGUCUGGAAGCACAUGGAUGAAGUAAGCCAAACUUAAGCAGGUAAAGCUUGCAGAGUUUUUGUUACAACUAUAGUCGAUUCAUUUAAGGUAGAUUCUUGUGCCUACGAGACGUUUGUUUGGUGGCUUCCGAUUGGCUGAUAACGGGAGGUAGACCGCUUGCUCAGUGUCAUUAUUUUUGUCUGUGGCUUAGAACUAGCAAUAUGUUUAUAUUUCUUCAAUUAUCUCACGCUUUGCUCAAGAUAGGAAAGAUUAGGUCAUACCAUAGGAUUCAGUAUUAAUUGUGCACUAAGUCAUCUGUACCUGAAAUCAAUAAGAUAAUGUUUAAAACAUAAAGGAAUUACAACGAGUAAAAUUGAAGAGGGAAGCCUUUAUUUCUUUAUACCUGUUUUUAUGUGAACAGAAAAUGAAGAAUAUGUCUUAUUAUGUUGCAUCCGUCAAUGAUUCAAGUUUGAUGGUAUUGCCGAGAGAAUGGGAGCUGUAAGGCGAACGUUGCGUGUUCGUCUCAGCAAGAGAUUUGAGUUGCCAGUUAGCGAUAUAGGGGUUGCAGUUUCGACAAUAUUUUGCGUAUUAUAUCAUUACAUAUUCUGUAAUUAAAUGUACAGAAUUCCCAUUAUGACCGCCAAACAUUUUCUAUCAUAUAUCGUAUAGUAUGUCUGGAAAUAUCUGAUAACAAAAAAAAUAAUAUUAAUCAGAUGGAUGCAUCUGGUAUUGUUAGCUCAGAUCUCGGCGGGCCGCGGGGAAUUCAGUCCAGCAAAGAAGUUGAACUCUGUGGAGAGACUUCGCACUCUUCAACUCAGCCUAAGCUUUUAGUCAGGUUGUUUCUUAAUAUUGUUUCUAAUUUUAUUUUAUGAAUAUAUUUUCAAACGGAAGAGAUAUCAGAAACUUUUUUGAGUGAUAUAAAUUGAUAAUCUCAGUGAAGUAAUAAACAACAAAGAAUUAAGAAAGAUUGACUUCCUUUCAGGCUGAGUCAAGUGUGGAUGCAACAUUUUUAGACAUACAGUGGUACCUCGAGAUACGAAAUUAAUCCGUUCCGAGACGGCCUUCGUAUUAUGAGUUUUUCGUAUCUUGGAACACAUUUUACAUGUAAAAUGGCUAAUCCGUUCCAAGCCCUCCAAAAACACCCCAGUAAAUUAUAUUUCCAGGCCUAAAACACAUGUUCUAGGGUUACGACGGAAGAAAUAUGUCUCCAAAAAGGCAAAAUACUGUACAUACUUGAGUAAUAUUCAACUGCAUGUAAUGUUCAACCCCAUUUUUACUGCAUUUAUCAGGACUUUAGCAUAUGUCCCUUAGCAAUAAGCCUAGCCUAUGUUAGCGGUUGCUACUGUAGCCUAGUCUAUGAUUCUGACAUCUAAACCUAAGAGCUAAAAGCUUAGAAUAUGCCAAUAAAAUGUAUCAAUAAUCAGUAUGUACUCAUUUCAAAUAAUUAUUAAUUAAUCAUUAACUAUAAUACACAAACAAAGAAAAGACAAACCUUCCAAUCGAUUGUUUACAUUCUUACGAAUAUUGAACGAGCGCCAAGCAAUCAUUUUUCUUAGCACACAGUAAGCCAUAAAUUGUCAUUAAUAUCUCUCUUCAACUAAUGAAACCACCAAACAGUAUAAUAACCAUUCAUUUCUAUUCUUUAUUCUAUCUUUACCUAAUGGAGAUACCGAGUUACUGACAGCUGUAAUGAAACAUACGUAAUACGUAACGUAAUAAUAAAACAGAAGAAGAAUUCUAAAAAAUACGUAUUUGUUGGCAGACUGAUUUAUUUUAUAUUUUCUGAUAUUUAAUUCACAAUUUUUUUAUUAAAUGUAUUGCAUGUACUCAUUUCAAAUAAUUAUUAAGUAACCAUUAACUAUAAUAAAAAAAAAAAAAAAAAAAAAGCUUCCAAACGUCUGUUUACAUCCAGCACUUACUAGUAUCGAACGAUCGCCAAGCAAUCACUUUUACACAGUAAGCCAUAAAUUUUCAUUAUCAUACUGUUUGAAUGGUUAUCAAACAGUAUGAUAACCAUUCAUUUCUAUUCUUUAUUCUAUCUUUACCUAAUGUUUUUUUUUUAUUAAAUGUAUUGCAUGAAUAAGUUUUUCAAUUUACAGCAACCUUUUACCAAUAGAAUACUUAAAGCACAAGGGGUAGAUGCUGACCAAUAGGAGAGCAGGACCUUAUGGGGUGACUAGCAUCAGGAACCAAUGGGAGAGCGGGAGGAUGGUGGCGAGUUUACUCAGUUGGCGGCGCGGGAGUUUUAAAAUUGUUCUCGGUGGUCCGGGCAAAUCUCGGGACUUUACAGCAACAACCUUUCGUAUCUUGAAAACUUUUCGUAUGUAGAGCAGUAAAAUUUUUCGCAUUGGCUUUCGUAUCUCGAGUUUUUCGUAAGUAGAGCCUUUCGUAUCUCGAGGUACUACUGUAUUCUUCAUUUUCUCUUUACAUAUUUCACGCAUCUAAAAUAUGAAAGCACCAGCGUACUCAGGGUGAUUUUAUUGUUUAAAAACACGAAAUUUAUUUUCUCUUGAUCGCAUAAAUUAUGCAAAAUCUGAUGAUGAAUAAAAACAGGUAUAAAGAAUGAAAUGUUUCUCUCAACUUUUACUCGUUGUAAUUCCUUUGUGUUUUAUCUUAUUGAUUUCAGGAAAAGAUCAAUUAGUUGUACAUUUAAUACCGAAUCCUCUGGUAAGACCAAAACUUGCCUAUCUUUUGCAAAAUGUAAGAAAAUUGAAGAAAUAUAAACAUAUUCCUAGUUUUCUAAACUACAAACGAAAAUAAUGACACACUGAGUGAGCGGCCUACCUCCCGGUACCAGCCAAUCAGAGGCCGCCAAACAAACGUCUCAUAGGCACAAGAAUCUACCUCAUGUGAAUCGACUAUAGUUUAAGGAGGAGUUCUCAGCUCACUUCCAGGUAGAAUCUUUGAGAGAAAAAUUAGAAUAUUGUCUAUGGUUAGAAUAAAAAAAUUUAAAUAAAGUCAUCAUGACAUAAUUAUUUUAGCAGUACAUGUAUACUUGAAGAUUAAUUUAUGGCUCUCUUAGUUCAGAUAAUAUUGCAAAUUCUGUUUAUUUUCCAUGCAUAAGUUUGAUAUAGCUAUAUUUUCCAUGCAUAGGUUUGAUAUAGCUAUUAUAACAAUGAUUUGUGUGUGCUGUAUGAGUUUGGGUGUAUUGAGGUAUGGUGCUUAAUGUCUUUUUAUGACCUACUAAUUGGGAGUUAAUUACAUUAUUUAACAGUAUAUAUUUCAUAUUGUAAUGACUCACUUCUAGUUUUUAUAUGUCUGUUGGGCAUGAUGUUUUAUUAAAGGAUAUAUUUAUGUAAAA